AUGGCCGGGGACGACAUCACGGUGCACGUGGAAUGGCUGGCGCGCCGCCUGAGGCAGCAGCAGGAGGACGCGGCGGCGACGGAGCAGCACCGGAUCACGGUGACCACCCACCGCGUGUCCCGAGUCCCGGUCCAAGUCCGCGACAAAAACCCGGACGCAUACACGCCAGGGCUCGUCGCCAUCGGCCCGCUCCACGCCAGGGCCGCCGAGCGCGGGCUCCAGCAGGGCAACCGGCUCAAGAUGGCCUACCUCAACAGCCUCAUCUCCCGCGGCCACCCCGACCCCGCGGACCACCUCGCCGUCAUCCAGAGCUACAUCCGCCUGGUCGCGGCCCGCGAGCAGGAGGCCCGCGCCAUGUACGCCUCCGAGGACGUCGAUGACAUCACGGCCGACGACUUCAUCCAGAUGCUGGUGCUCGACGGCUGCUUCGUCAUCGAACACCUCGUCAACGUCUUCAUUGGCCUGGAGGAGCCGUCGCUGCACGCCAUGCCGUUCGGCCCCGCGCAGCUCUCCGUGGACCUCAUCCUCGCAGAGAACCAGGUACCGUUCUUCGUCCUCGUCGACCUGAUCAAGAGCACCAGACUGCCGGAAUUCAACUCCACAGGCUACGACCCGCCGGUCCUGCUCAUGAAGCUGGUGCUGUUCUACCUCGCCGGAGAGAAGGGCCGCGACAUGAGCGAGGGACUGCCGAACGCGGACGGCGUCUCCCAUAUGCUGCAUCUGCUCCACGCGAUGGUCACCGCGGCGCGCACCAGGUGGGAGCCGCCGCCGCGCAUCAAGGACACCGCGGUGCUGGUGAUGGCACAGGAGGUGGCGCGGCUGCUGUGGCGCCUCUCGCUGCUGCUCCUGGUGCCGUUUCUGUACCCGACCCUGCGCGGAGAGCGCCGGUGGAGCGCGAGAUACUUGCGGGACGACCUGCCGUCGGCGAGCGACCUGAAGCGGAUGUGGGUGCUGUUCGAGAAAGCGCGCGGCGGCAGGAGCAACAAGGCUGCGGCGGGCAUCGCGUCGGUGCUGGGCCCGGUGCCGCUGGCCGUGAAGCUUACGCACGAGGAGCUGCGUCUGCCGCAGCUGCGGAUCGAGUUCCGGACGGCACCGCUGCUCCUGAACCUGAUGGCGUUCGAGCAGUGGGCGGGGGACGUGUCGGCGUACGCGUGUCUCAUGGCGAAGAUGGUGCAGUCCGCGGAGGACGCAGGGGUGCUGGUGGCGGCGGAGGUGGUGCAGAGCAGCACGGCGGGGAGCGAGAGCAAGGAGAACGUGGCGCGGCUCUUCCGGCAGGUGGGCACCGCGAGCGAUGCGGCGGGGGAGCUGGAGAAGAGCUAUCUGGGGGAGAUGCUGGGGAAGCUGUGGGAGCGGAGCCGGCACCCGAUCUUCAGGAUGUGGGCGGACGUUCAGCGCAACUACUUCAACGAGCCAUGGGCCAUCGUCGCCGAGAUCGUCGCCUUCGUCACCUUCGUCUUUAACAUACUCCAGAUCUACGCAUCCUUUAAGCAUAAAUGA